GUCCCCAGAGUCAGCGGCUGCAGCAAGACAGUCUGUCAGACAGUGCCUUGUGCUAAGAAGGGGCCAGAGGCUCCCCUCACCCAGCCACGGGCACCCGGCCUGCCUGGAGAGGUAGCAGGGAAACCAGAAGCACUUCCUGACCAUGGCUCUGUCUGCCCAGGGCUGGUGAAGAGUGGGCUGCUCUGUCUUCUAGAGUGGUUGGCCCCACCUGGCCACAGAGCCCAAGACAAGGACCUCCAGGAGGACCUCUUCCCUAUUGCCUGUUCCAGGAGGGCAGACUAUGCUGAUCUUGCUCACUCCAUGAGCCCAGAAGAAGGCCCGACACACAGCAGGAGUCUGCCCAGGAGGUUCAUGAGCCCUGGCAUCCCAGAAUCUGAAUCCUUCCUCAGCGACAGUGGCUCUUCACCCUUCUAAGUGCACAGGAGGAAGCCCAGCUCAUUCUGGGUGCACUUCCAGCUGAGGAAAUAAGGAGGAGGAAUUCCUGAAGCCCUGAACAAGUGCCUGGGAUGGAUCCAAACUCCAUCUUGCUUUCUCCUCAGCCCCAGAUCUGCUCCCACCUAGCAGAUGCUUGUAUGGAAGGCAAGAGAAGCUCAUCCCCUCCAGAGCUGGAUAGAGACUCCCUGUUGCCCUGGAAUCAGGUCCCCAGCUCCAGCCCUACAGACCCCGAAUGGUUUGGUGAUGAGCACAUCCAGGCGAAGAGGGCCAGAGUGGAGACCAUCGUCCGAGGCAUGUGUCUCUCCCCGAAUCCUCUGGUGCCAGGCAGAGUGCAAGCUGGGGACAGCCCACGCUGCCCAGAGAAGGCCCGAGGGAGGAAGAGGAAGCAGAGCCUUCCCACACAGCAAGGCCUCCUGAUGCCAGCCGCUGCCCGGGACCAGGGCAACAGGAAGGGGGGCCCUCGUGUAAGAGAACAACUUCACCUGCUGAAGCAACAGCUAAGACAUCUGCAAGAGCACAUCCUACAGGCUGCCAAGCCCAGGGACACAGCUCAGGGGCCAGGAGGCUGUGGCACGGGGAAAGGCCCUCUGAGUGCAAAGCAGGGGAAUGGCUGUGGGCCUCGCCCCUGGGCUGUGGACAGUGACCACCAGCAAGGUUCCAGCGAGGACCUCUCUGGGGCAGAAAAACACCAAGAGUCUGAGGAGCCCAGGUUCCUUCCUUCUGGAGCACCAGCUUCGCUGGAGAUUCUGAGGAAAGAGCUGACCAGGGCAGUGUCCCAGGCUGUGGACUCAGUAUUACAAAAGGUACUAUUGGAUCCACCAGGCCGCCUGACUCAGCUGGACAGAAGCUUCCAGGGGCGGCUGCCAGAGGGUAGAAGCGAGCCCUCACCUCCUGUGGGAGGGGCCUGUAAAGAUCCACUUGCUUUGGCUUCCUUGCCCAGGAGGGUCCAGCUACAAGCUGGGGUCCCAUUAGGAAACUUAUCACUGGCCAAGCCUCUAGAUUCUCCUAGGUACCCCAUCCCUCCAAGAAUGAUCCCCAAACCCUGUCAGGAUCCCCCAGCAAACUGUCCCUUGACUGCACCUUCCCACAUCCAGGAAAGUCAGAUUCUUAGCCAGCUACUGGGUCAUGGAUGCAACAAUGACCAUUGGAGUAGCAGUCCUCCCCAGGACUCAUCUUCCCAGAGGCACCCCUCCUCAGAGCCUGCCCUACAACCUUGGAGAACUACUAAACCGCAACCAUUGGUCCUGAGCCAGCAUCAGUGUCCCCUGCCUUUCACCUCUGCCCAUCUGGAAAGUCUACCCCUUCUUCCCUCGGUGAAGAUGGAACAGAGAGGCCUGCAUGCUGUCACGGAGGCACUGCCUUUCUCUUCGGUCCACAUCCAGGAGGGUCUAAACCCUGGUCACUUGAAGAAGGCCAAACUAAUGUUUUUCUUCACACGAUAUCCCAGCUCCAACCUCCUGAAGGCUUAUUUUCCUGAUGUUCAGUUCAACCGCUGCAUUACCUCCCAGAUGAUCAAGUGGUUCAGCAACUUUCGUGAGUUUUAUUACAUCCAAAUGGAAAAAUCUGCCCGGCAAGCAAUUUCAGAUGGUGUCACAAAUCCCAAAAUGCUGGUGGUUCUCCGCAAUUCAGAACUUUUUCGAGCUCUCAAUAUGCACUAUAACAAGGGAAAUGACUUUGAGGUUCCAGAUUGCUUCUUGGAAAUUGCCAGCUUGACGUUACAGGAGUUCUUCAGGGCUGUCUCCGCAGGGAGAGACUCAGAUCCUUCCUGGAAGAAACCCAUUUAUAAAAUUAUUUCGAAACUGGACAGUGACAUCCCAGAGAUAUUCAAAUCUUCCAGCUAUCCCCAGUAGCUGUUUCGGAGUUAAGAUCCCACAACGUGAGGAGUGACUGGCUAGGGUUUCCUGGGUUUGUCUUAAAAGGCAAUUUAGUUGUAGUCAUACAAAAAGGGCACAAGGAAAUCUACUCUACCAAAAUAGGCACUAUUACCAUUUUGAUCAUUUAUUUCCCUUUCCAGAAUCAUCAGAAAUUUAACUAUAAAAUGUACUAACUAUAUUGGUGUAUUGGUAGUAUAUUGUAAAAGGAACACAAGUUUCCAAUCAGAAGACUUGAAGCUCAACUCCAUUGUUUCCAGGUGUUGUGACCCUGGGACCUUCCUGGUAUCUCUGUAUCUGUAAAAUGAGGU